GUUGUCUUUGUACGGAAACAUGGAGACUGAUCUGAUGCGUUGUUUUUAUCUGUUGCUGUUGAUGGUCAUCUGUGACGGGUUCCAUGUCCAUGGUCCGUCUGGUCCUCUCAUUGUCCAGCUGGGAGGCUCAGUGAUGCUGCCCUGCUUUGUAGAGACUCCUCUACCAAUGCAAGAACUGGAAAUAGAGUGGAAAAGAAAUGACUCUGAAACUCUAGUGCACUUGUGGCAGAAUGGAGAGAGUCAUCCGGAUUCUCAGAACCCGAGUUAUCGUGAAAGAGCUCAUUUCUUCAUUGAGGAGAUCGCUCAGGGAAACUUCUCUCUCUUCCUUAUGAACGUGACCCGGGAAGACGCAGGAGUCUAUAAGUGUGCUGUUUACACAAAACAUGACUCCUAUGAAACUCUGAUUGAAAUAAAGGAGAUUGAGCGUUUGAUCGUGUCUGGAGCCCACGUCAUAUCUGCGUAUGCGGGUGAAGAUAUCACUCUGAAUUGCUCUGUAGACUCACAUAUCCCAGCGGAAAAUAUAGAACAGGUCUUAUGGAUGAAAAUGGAUGGAGAGAUCUUAGUGCUGCUCUAUGAACAUGGUGAGGUCCAGACAGACUCGUCCCAUGAGAGAUACAUGGACAGAGUGGAAUUGUUCAGCGCUGAAGAAAGAAACAAAGGAAACUUCUCAUUGAGACUGAAGGAUGUCCGAACUGACGAUAAAGGGCUGUAUACAUGUUCAGCAUUCUCUGGGGCAUUCUCAGAUAACACAACUGUGGAAGUGCAGCAGCUGGGUUUUUCCUCUAUGCAGGUUGGAAUUUUUGUUUUAUGUGCACUGGGAUUUGUAAUUGGAUCACUUAACCUAGGAUACUUCUCUUAUACAUCUUUUAAAAAUAAUGAUGACAGCAGAAGAGCCCUAGCUAUACAAUUGGGACAUGUCCUUUGUCCUAAUAUUACUAUGGUCAUUGUCUUCAUCCUUUGGGGUGUUACUGACGGGUUUUUUACAGAAGCAGCAACUUGUUCAGCACUGAACGGUGUUCGGAUCCUUUUUCUACUUUGGAUUGCUCUCCACUUGAAAACAUUUGAAGGUUAUCCCCGCCAAUUAAUUAACCGCUCGGCAAUUCAACUACAAUAUGCAGUGAUAACUGUGGUUGUUUAUUCACCUCUUGUUGUGGAUGUCUGGUAUAAUGUAAACACUGGAGGGAAAGUGGGGUUUCUGAUAUGUCUGCUACUGGGGCCACUUUCUACUCUUCUGUAUAUUCUGUAUCUUAUCACUACUGUGUGCCGUGGAAGGACUCUACAAAUACAAGCAAGCUUAAGUCACAUUAUUACAGAACUCAGCAAUUUUCUACGACUAUUUGUUAUUAUAAAUACAUAUGGAUUUCAGUCAGGACUUCUGAUGUUGGCACUAAUUCCAGUUUUGGCAUGGAUUUGUUUUUACUGUUAUUUUAAUUGUAUACGUGUGUAUUUACUCCAGAUAUCAUUCAUGAUGAUCCUGGAGGUUCUAACUGCAUCAGCGUCGAUCUACGUCCAUUAUGUCUUUGUGGAUAAUGUGAAAGAGCGUGACGCGCUGACCUGUGCGACUGCAUUCCUCCAAAUCUUGACCGUGAUAACACUGUUUAUAGAUCUAAAUUAUUUCUCAGGUUCGUGAGGCAGUCCAUGGAGAGAACGAGGUACGGGAGGACGUGCGCCUAGUGGCACCGGGGGACCAGGUAUACAUUCGUGUUUUCAAGAGAAAGAGGCCCCCUUGCGGGACGUCGGGAAGGACCGUUCACCGUGGUUGCUGCAACCCCCACGGCUGUGAAAGAAGAGGGGAGGAAUUACUGGUAUCACUUGAACCACUGCAGCAGCGCCGAACCAGGUAAGGGACCGCUACUGCAAGACACUACCGACGAACAACCAUCGACCUCAAGACUAGUCAGUACAAGGAAGCCCAUUGGGGCAGUGGUGUUCACUGAUAGUGACAGUGAUUCGGGUGCAUCCCUGAGCCCUGCCUACGGCACUCGAGCCCAGACUAAGCGGCGGGCUGUUGAAAAACUAGAUAAACUGUCUCAGUCUGAUGCCAGUAGUCCUACCGUUCUCACGCCCCGAGUAGAAGUGACGGGUGUAGUUACCAGCCCACAGGAAGUUGUAACCCCAACAACGGAGGAUUUUCUGUCUACGUUUGCCACUCUCUGUCAGGACCUUGACGACCCCGCUUUGCCUCUGAGCCUAAUCGACUCAGAUACGCUACAGUCUCUAGCAGCGCAGUUGAACUUACCUGAGCUUACUCCUGAACUUCAGUCUCCACAUGAAUCCUUGCGCACUCCCCUACCACCGGUUCCGGAGGGGACCGGUGGGACGAGCUCCACAGAAUAGUAGCACGUAUGUGGGUAGAGUGAUUUUUACAGCAGGGCUAAUAGCACUCUUUUUCUUUUUCUAUG